AUGAGACCAACCCUUUUGCGACCCCUCCUACCCCGCCAUAACCUCGCCUGCUUCUCCGUUUCACCCUCGCCCUUUUCUCGACCUUCCACCCUCAUCAAACCUCUCCGUGCAACUCCUCUGUCUGCAUCUACCACCAAGCCAUCCGUCAGAUUCUUCUCAGCAUCCAACAUCAUGUCUGGUCCCCAGGUUUACUUCGACAUCGAGUGGGAGGGUCCCAUCCUCGACGCCUCCAACAAGCCUACUAAGGACGUCCAGGUCCAGAACGGCCGCGUCACCUUCAACCUCUUCUACGACGUUGUCCCCAAGACCGCCGAGAACUUCCGUGCUCUCUGCACUGGUGAGAAGGGCUUCGGCUACCAGGGCUCUUCUUUCCACCGCAUCAUCCCCGAGUUCAUGCUCCAGGGUGGUGACUUCACCCGUGGCAACGGCACCGGUGGCAAGUCCAUCUACGGCGAGAAGUUCGCCGACGAGAACUUCCAGCUCAAGCACGACAAGCCCGGUCUGCUUUCCAUGGCCAACGCCGGCCCCAACACCAACGGCUCCCAGUUCUUCGUCACCACCGUCGUCACCUCUUGGCUCAACGGUCGCCACGUCGUCUUCGGCGAGGUUGCCGACGACCAGUCCCUGAAGAUCGUCAAGGCUCUUGAGGCCACUGGCUCUUCUUCCGGCACCGUCCGCUACGGCAAGCGCCCCACCAUCGUCGCCUCUGGCCAGUUGUAA